AUGGCAGCAGGUACGUUAGCGCAGGUAUUGGCCCGCUUGCCAUUCCCCAUUCCCCCAAUGCUCCACUUGCUCUCAUUCUCCCAUCUUGCUCUCUUUUCUGUGUGUCUGUGCAUGCGUAUCUGCCAUUUCCUGCCCGCUUUUGUUUAUGAAAAGGAUACAGGAAAGAGAGAGAAAAAAAUAACAAGAAAAAUUGACAGAGACGAGGAAAAAGAAAGGGAGUCAAGCAAGGGAAAGAGUAGUAAACAACACAGAAGACAAACCACAACUACAGCAACGCUCUCAACCGAACACACUGAACCACAGAUACAAUAA